GUCAGUUACGUCAAAUAGAAAAGGCGCAAACUGUACGAUAGUUGAUUACCGUGUUCUUAUUUGCUAAAUUUCACUAUACCGUCGUCUACAUCGAUAUAAAUAAAUCAUCUGUUUUAAAAGCAAACGUGAAAUUAAUUCAGAAAUGUCUUCUGCCACUUUACUUACAAAAGCCCAAUUACAAAAUGCAUUGAAUAGCAUAUCCGCUGGCUUUCUAACGUCCGCAGAAGCAAAUAAAACUGAGCCAAUUUUGUCGCCAUUUAAGAAACUUGGUGUACUCAUUGACCUCGAAGAUAUUGAAGAAGCUAAGGAGACAAAGAUUCCGCUAUACAAAAAUGUGAAUACAAAGACAACACAAACGCAGUACUACAGCUGCAUUCAAUGUCGGCGGCAGUUGCCAACUGCACACCUGUUGGAUCUGCAUAUAACCGAGCAACAUGAUUUAUAUUUCGCAGUCAGCGUUGAGCGAGGUGACAAGCCCCACUACACAUGUUACAUUGAAGAAUGUCCUUUAAAGUUCUUUCUGCCUGCUGAGCGAAAGGAUCAUUGCAUCAAAGUGCACAAAUUCCCUGCCAACUACCGAUUUGAUCAGGGAAAACUUCCUACCAAAGCAAAGAGUUCCAUAAGAAAGGCAACUAACGCAAUGGAUGUAAAUGUGGGUGAAAAUAUGAAUGAUGGAAAGCUUCCAUAUAUCAAGGCUUUCAGCUUCGGUCAUCCAACGCAGCGAACUUUCAAUUCCCGCAAGGAAAAGGCACUUCUCGAUGUGCAGGCAAUGAGGGAGGCACUGGACGAUAUGGACUAAGUUUUUUUAUAUCAUUUUAUUACUCGAAGUUGAUUUUAUAAGAUACUGCUGUUAAUUAACUUGUGGAAAUC